AUGGCACAACUUUCGACCUGUCUUCCAUUGACCAAAGAGUCCACCCUCAAAGCCCAUGAGCUGAUCAAACCUCAAUUCCACCCCACACCAGUUCUCACAAGCAGGACUUUGAAUGAGAUGGCAUCAACCCCCCGGGCUUGGCAAAAGGGCGAUCGCCAGCCCGCGAAGCCAGUCAUUCGACUAUGGUUCAAGUGUGAGAAUUUGCAGCGCAUAGGAGCUUUCAAAGCCCGCGGUGCAUUUCACGCCAUCGAGAGGCUGAAGCAAGAUCCCAGCUUUAUCGAGAGUGGCGGCAUGGAAAAAGGCGUCGUUGGAUUUAGUGCAGGCAAUCAUGCCCAGGCCCUCGCUCUCGCUGCUAAGGAGAGUGGCAUCCCGGCGUACAUCGUGAUGCCUGACAUUACGCGGCUGAACAAAAUCGCCGCUACAAAGGGCUAUGGAGCCAACGUCAUUGGUGCCCGUCUUGUGCCACCUUUCAAUCAUCCAGAUGUUAUCCUCGGACAAACCACUGCCGGUCUGGAGCUUCAAGAGCAAGCUGAUAAUCUCGAUGCUAUUAUUGCGUCCUGUAGUGGUGGGGGACUAUUAGCAGGUACUGCGCUUAGCUGUGAAAAAACCUCUAUUCGUGUCUUCGGCGCAGAGCCUGAGUUCGAGGGCGCUGAUGACUGUCGGCGUGGGUUCCUUUCGGGUGAGAGGAUCACGAGCGUUAACACCAAUACCAUUGCAGACGGACUAAUUGGCGUCGUCGGGGAGAUCCCCUGGAGCGUUAUCUAUGUGCGAAAGCUAGUGGAUGGUAUGUUUGCUGUUUCUGAAGAGCAGAUUCUCGAGGCCACACGGUUGAUCUUCGAGAGGCUUAAGAUGGUGGUCGAGCCUGCUGCUGCGGUGACACUGGCGGUGGUUUUGUAUAAUGAGGAGUUUAGGCAGAUGGUGGAGAAGGAGGCGGGCGACAAGGGUUGGGACUUGGGACUGAUUUUGAGUGGUGGGAAUGUUAGCGCUGAAGGACUGGCUAAGCUGUUCGCGUAG